GUGUGCGCCACCAUGCCCAGCUGAUACCCGGAUUCUCACAGUGUUGACUGAGGGUUGCUUCUUUGAUGGACCUGUUUGGAGGAUGCAGUGACUUUUGACGAUGUGCAUGUGAAUUUCACUAAAGAAGAAUGGAAUUUGAUGGAUCCUUCCCAGAUGAAUCUCUACAAAGAUGUUAUGUUGGAGACCUACUGGAACCUUACUUCUAUAGGCUACAAAUGGGAAGACCAUCAUAUUGAAGAAUCAUGUCAAAGUUCUCGAAGACAUACAAGGCAUGGAAGAAGUCAUAGGUGGAAGAAACUCUAUGAAUGUAAUCAAUGUGGUAAAGUCUUUGCAAGACCCGCUCAUAUCCAAUGUCAUAAAAGAACCCAUACUGGAGAGAAACCUUAUAAAUGUAAUCAAUGUGGUAAAGCCUUUUCCUCUCACAGUUGUCUCAGAUAUCACAAAAGAAACCAUACUGGAGAGAGACCUUAUGAAUGUAAUCAAUGUGGUAAAGCCUUUUCCUCUCACAGUAAUCUCAGAUAUCAUAAAAGAACCCAUACUGGAGAGAAACCUUAUGAAUGUAAUCAAUGUGGGAAAGCCUUUGCAAGACCCGCUGAUCUCCAAUAUCAUAAAAGAACCCAUACAGGAGAGAAACCUUAUGAAUGUAAUCAAUGUGGUAAAGCCUUUUCCUGUCACAGUGGUCUCAGAUAUCAUAAAAGAACCCAUACUGGAGAGAAACCUUAUGAAUGUAAUCAGUGUGGGAAAGCCUUUGCAAGACCCGCUGAUCUCCAAUAUCAUAAAAGAACCCAUACAGGAGAGAAACCUUAUGAAUGUAAUCAAUGUGGUAAAGCCUUUUCCUGUCACAGUGGUCUCAGAUAUCAUAAAAGAACCCAUACUGGAGAGAAACCUUAUGAAUGUAAUCAAUGUGGUAAAGCCUUUUCCUGUCACAGUGGUCUCAGAUAUCAUAAAAGAACCCAUACUGGAGAGAAACCUUUUGAAUGUAAUCAAUGUGGUAAAGCCUUUUCCUCUCACAGUGGUCUCAGAUAUCAUAAAAGAACCCAUACUGGAGAAAAACCUUAUGAAUGUAAUCAAUGUGGUAAAUCCUUUGCUACAUCCAGACAUCUCCAAUGUCAUAAAAGAACCCAUACUGGAGAGAAACCUUAUGAAUGUAAUCAAUGUGGGAAAGCCUUUGCUACAUCUAGUCAUCUCCAAUGUCAUAAAAGAACCCAUACUGGAGAGAAACCUUAUGAAUGUAAUCAAUGUGGUAAAGCCUUUUCCUGUCACAGUGGUCUCAGACAUCAUAAAAGAACCCAUACUGGAGAGAAACCUUAUGAAUGUAAUCAAUGUGGUAAAGCCUUUUCAAGACCUGCUUAUCUCCAACAUCAUAAAAGAACCCAUACUGGAGAGAAACCUUAUGAAUGUAAUCAAUGUGGUAAAGCCUUUGCAAAACCCAGUCAUCUCCAAUGUCAUAAAAGAACCCAUACUGGAGAGAAACCUUUUGAAUGUAAUCAAUGUGGUAAAGCCUUUUCCUGUUACAAUAGUCUCAGAUAUCAUAAAAGAACCCAUACUGGAGAGAAACUUUAUGAAUGUAAUCAAUGUGGUAAAGCCUUUGCUACAUCCAGUCAUCUCCAAUGUCAUAAAAGAACCCAUACUGGAGAGAAACCUUAUGAAUGUAAUCAAUGUGGUAAAGCCUUUGCUACAUCCAGUCAUCUCCAUUGUCAUAAAAGAACCCAUACUGGAGAGAAACCUUUUGAAUGUAAUCAAUGUGGUAAAGCCUUUGCAAGACCUUCUCAUCUCCAAAUUCAUAAAAGAACCCAUACUGGAGAGAAACCUUAUGAAUGUAAUCAAUGUGGUAAAGCCUUUGCUACAUCCAGUCAUCUCCAAUGUCAUAAAAGAACCCAUACUAGAGAGUAAUCUUAGGAUAAUUAUCAAUGUGGAAAGACUCUUCACAAGGGAGAAGUCUCCAAAGACAUUAAAAAUAACACAUAGUGGAGAGAAAUCUUAAUGUAAUCAAUGUAGUAAAAGCCUUUUCACAAAGUAAUUAUCUCAAAAAGAUAAAAGAACGAACCCAUUUUGGAGAGUAACCUUAUGAAUGUAUGCAAUGUGGUAAUGAAGUCUUUGCAUGUUCCACUUGUCUCCAAAAAAUAAAAGAUCCCAUACUGGAAAGAAACCUCAUGAACAUAAUCAAUGUGGGAAACACUUCAGAACUUUGUAAUCUCCAUUAUUUUAACAGUACACAUACAGGAGAGAAACCUUAUGAAUGUAAUCAGUGUUGUAAAGCAUUUCAAGUCACAGUCAUCUGCAAUGACAUAAAAGAUCACAUACAAGAGAGAAACCUCAUGAAGGUUAUCAAUGCAGUAAAGCCUUUGCAUGUCAUAAUUCUUCCCACGUACACAAAAUAUAGCACACUGGGGAGAACCCUCAUUAUUGUAACCACUGUGGUAAAAACCUUGGCAAUUUACUCUCAUCUGCAACUACUUAAAAGAACACAUUCAAAAAAGUAACUCUUUCCAUUUUUCCAGAGUACUAAUCCCUUGUGUGACACAGUCAUCACCCCAUAUAUAAAAGAACACAUAUGGUAGAAAACCUGCAUGAAUAUAAUGAAUAAGGUAAACCCUUUCGAGGCCACAGUCAUCUCCAAACACACGAAAAAAAAAUGUGCAGGAGAGAAACCUUAAGAAUGUAAUUGAUAUGAGAAAACCUUUGCAUAUCAUAGUCAUUUCCAAGUACAUAAAUGUGCACAUAGUAGAGAGAAGCCCUGUGAUUGUAAUAAAUGUGUUAAAGCCU